GAAGAAUCAACACUGAACCACCAGAUGUGAUAUAACCUUACAUUUAUUAAAUUUUGAGUAGUCAUCGAUUUAAUAAUUAUUUUUUGGAAAAAUGACAGAGCCCUUGAUAUGCCUUCCUGGGCAAAGAUUAUGCCUUUGUGGCAAAGUAUACACAUCUGGCCAAGGAACUUAUGAAAGACAAGGAUAUAUUUAUUCACAACUUGCAGGAUAUGUUGACAUUAUUGAAAAAGAUGGUGUAAAGAUUGUAGAAGUUCAUACUAGUGGAGAAAAAACGGUUGUUCCAGCACAAGGUGACAUAGUAACAGCUCAAGUUUCAGUUAUUACUCAACAAUAUGCGAAAUGUUUCAUAAAAUGUGUAGGAGACGCAGUAUUGAGGCGACCUUUAAGAGCCGUACUGAGAAGAGAAGAUGUGAGAGCAACCGAGAAGGACAAAGUAGAAAUUUACAAAAGUGUCAGACCUGGAGACAUCAUUUUAGCUAGAGUAUUACCAAUAACAGAAGCCCACAAUUAUCAAUUAUCUACAGCAGAAAAUGAAUUAGGUGUAGUAAUUGCUCAUUCCGAACAUGGUCAUCCAAUGAUUCCAAUCAGCUGGACAGAUAUGCAGUGCUCAAAAACAUUUGUUAAAGAACCAAGAAAAGUUGCCAAAGUUGUACCAGAAAGUUUUAAUCAAGAAACUACAUAAUUUUAUAUUCUGUUGAUUAUGAUAUUUUAAGUUGGUAGCAAAGAAGUAAAAUAUUAAGAUGUGAUAUUCUUAAUGUAAUAUUUUUUUAAGGAAAUACAGUAAAGUUAGUUUUUUCAUAAAA